GCGAGCCCCUACCGGAGAUACCGGGAGGCAGUAACGUUACAGAGCGAAUCCCAGCCGCCCGCCCCGGAGAAGCCAAACGGAAGAAGGUGCACUGUGAGCCACCGUGAGCCACCGUGAGACGCCGUGCUGGAAACAAACGAUGCGAGCGCUGCUCACCGCCGCCCAGUAACCUACACAACCGACGAGCGGAGAAGAAGAGAACCGUUACCGUGAUUUACCGACUGAAAAACAGAAGCGACACGGAGGACGGACCCGUCGGUGAGACCACGCUCGAGAAACAAACAACUGCGGAGGCUACAGUGUGGUUUUUUGCGCCGUGGAUCAAACCGAGUGGAUCCUCGAUUUAAAUGCGUUAACGGUGCUGUGUCCCCGGCUUGAGAGCGAGAGAGAGAGAGAGAGAGAGGGAGCUGCCCCGAGAGCGAAAGAAAGACAGAGGGAUCACAGAGGGAUUGAAGAUAGCACAGAAAAAGGAGGAAAUAAAAUAAGGAUUUGCAACCAGCUUUCAUUGAAUCCACCUAUUUUUUAAAAAUUGCUAUUUCUUCCGUGGAUCAGGUACCGGUAACGCUAUCAAGCUGUGUUCUCUAACCAUGGGAUGUACUCUGAGCGCAGAGGAGAGGGCGGCUCUGGAUCGGAGCAAAGCCAUCGAGAAAAACCUCAAGGAGGACGGUCUCACCGCGGCCAAAGAUGUUAAACUGCUGCUGCUCGGGGCUGGAGAGUCAGGGAAAAGCACCAUCGUCAAACAGAUGAAAAUCAUCCACGAGGACGGUUUCUCUGGCGACGACGUAAAGCAGUACAAGCCUGUCGUUUACAGCAACACCAUCCAAUCCCUGGCCGCCAUCGUCCGCGCCAUGGAUACACUGGGCCUGGAGUACGGAGACAAAGAACGGAAGGCGGAUGCCAAGUUGGUGUGCGACGUGGUGAGUCGCAUGGAAGACACGGAGCCUUACUCCGCCGAGCUGCUGGGCGCCAUGAUGCGCCUGUGGUCCGACUCGGGCAUCCAGGAGUGCUUCAGCCGCGCCCGAGAGUACCAGCUCAACGACUCAGCGCAGUACUACCUAGACAGCCUAGAUCGGAUUGGUGCGACAGACUACCAGCCGACAGAGCAGGACAUCCUGAGGACCCGAGUGAAGACCACGGGUAUCGUCGAGACACACUUUACCUUCAAAAACCUCCACUUCAGGCUGUUUGACGUGGGAGGUCAGAGGUCGGAGAGGAAGAAGUGGAUCCACUGUUUCGAGGAUGUCACAGCCAUCAUUUUCUGCGUGGCACUCAGCGGGUACGACCAGGUGCUGCACGAGGACGAGACCACGAACCGCAUGCACGAGUCUCUGAAGCUCUUUGACUCCAUCUGUAACAACAAGUGGUUUAAGGACACCUCUAUCAUCCUCUUCCUCAACAAGAUGGACCUCUUUGAAAUAAAGAUCAGCAAGUCGCCACUGUCCAUCUGCUUCCCUGAAUACACCGGACCAAACACUUACUUGGAGGGAAUAGCCUACAUUAAGUCUCAGUACGAGAGCAAGAACAAGUCGCCCAACAAAGAGGUCUACUCCCAUUCGACCUGCGCCACAGACACCAACAACAUCCAGUUUGUGUUCGACGCCGUCACCGACGUCAUCAUAGCCAAUAACUUGCGGGGGUGCGGCCUCUACUGAUGACGCGGCUCGAGUUUAGCAGAUAGAUGAAAUGUUUUCGACGUGGUACGGCCCUGGUGAUGAUGAUGAUGAUGUCAUUACACAGCCGGCUGUUAGUCCAACUUGACUCGUAAUUGAUGAAUUCUUUUGGUCGAUUGGUUGGUUGCUUGAGACGACUUCUUUGAAUCCUUUUUGUCUUUUUUUCACUUCCUCCCAUCUGAAGUGCAGUGCUGCUGUACUUAAUGUGUGCGUGUGUGUGUGUGUGUGUGUGUGCCUGAACUCCAAAAUCUAUCACUGCAGAAAGAUGCACAGUAUCUAUAAUGUUGCCUUUAUUCUCAUCCUGAAAAGUUGACUCUUUCAGGAUAUACGGUUCUAGUAUAAGAUGUAAAUGUACAUACUAGUAGUGUCUACUCGUAG